GCCCCGGCCCCGGCCCCGGCCCCCUCCGGACGUGGCCCGGCAGCAUCGAGUCUGAUCAAGUAAUGCUGGCAGAAUGUUGGGCUCCUGGAUAUUUUGCCAUGUGAAUUUACCCAUGCGAUGUCUUGUUCACGGAGUACACGGCUGGAGGUGGCCUGCCUGUAGAUGGAGGAAUGUUGGACAUUUCAAAAAAGGCUUGCAUACCACAAGAACAUCAUUCAGUGCUAGGGUUACCCCCGUCUUCACCAGAGCUUUGGCUUUUGGUGAUAAAAUUGCCAUCAUUGAUCAAAAUGGAGAGCACACAUACAGGGACCUUUACACUCAGAGUGUCCACUUGUCUCAGCAACUCUGUGAAGUGCUCGGGUGUUCCAGUGGAGACCUAAAGGAAGAGCGGAUCUCGUUUUUAUGCCCUAAUGAUGCCUCAUACGUGAUUGCCCAGUGGGCUUCCUGGAUGAGUGGAGGCAUAGCUGUUCCUCUGUACAGGAAACACCCAGUGCAGGAACUGGAGUAUUUCAUCCAAGACUCCCAGAGUAGUCUAGUCAUUGCCACGGAAGAAUAUGUGAGGGACAUAACCCCUAGUGCUGAGAAACUGGGAUUACCUGUUCUGCCACUCAUUAACUCUGGUAGCAAUGGCUGUGCAAGCGAUCGGGCUGUGGAAGCAUUCCCCUUGGCAACUGACUGUCCUGAGUGGAAAGAUAGAGGAGCCAUGAUAAUCUACACCAGUGGGACUACAGGAAGACCAAAAGGCGUCCUUAGUACCCAUCAGAAUGUGCAAGCUGUGGUAACAGGGCUGGUUGACAAAUGGGAGUGGACAAAGGAAGAUGUUAUCUUGCAUGUGCUGCCUUUACACCAUGUCCACGGAGUGAUCAAUAAGCUGCUGUGCCCUCUUUGGGUGGGAGCUACGUGCAUCAUGCUACCUGAGUUCAGCCCUCAGAAGGUUUGGGAGAAGUUCUUAAACCCCAGAGCUCCACGGAUCAACGUCUUCAUGGCGGUCCCCACUAUUUACUCCAGGCUGAUGGAACAUUAUGAAGAACAUUUCUCUCAGCCUCAUGUCCAGGAUUUUGUACGUGCCACGUGUCAGGAUAAUUUCAGGUUAAUGGUUUCAGGAUCGGCAGCCCUUCCUGUGCCAGUCCUGGAGAGGUGGAAGAACAUCACCGGACACACACUGCUGGAGAGGUACGGGAUGACGGAGAUCGGAAUGGCACUUUCUAACCCCUUGCACGGAGUUCGUGUCCCAGGAUCUGUGGGGACCCCGCUGCCAGGGGUGGAAGUGCGCAUUGCCACGAAGAGUUUGAAAAGGGAAGGUCCUUCCUACACCAUCCACGCUCAAGGAGAUGAACGUGACACAAAGGUGACCCCCGGCUUAGAUGGCAAAGAAGGGGAGCUUUUCGUUAAGGGGCCUACAGUAUUUCGAGAAUACUGGAAUAGACCUGAAGAAACAAAAGAAGCUUUCACACCUGACGGCUGGUUCAAAACAGGAGACACGGCAGUGUAUAAAGAGGGCAUGUACUGGAUCAAGGGCCGCACCUCUGUGGACAUCAUCAAAAGCGGAGGCUAUAAAAUUAGCGCCCUAGAAGUCGAGCGCCAUCUGUUAGCGCACCCCAGUAUUGCAGAUGUGGCUGUGAUCGGACCUCCAGACGUGACGUGGGGCCAGCGGGUCAGUGCUGUGGUGAAAUUGCAGGAGGGUGAGAUGCUGUCUCUCAAGGACCUGAGGAGCUGGGCAAGGGACUCCAUGGCGUUCUACACUGUCCCCACAGAGCUGCUCCUGGUGGAGGAGAUUCCACGCAAUCAAAUGGGAAAAGUCAACAAGAAGCAACUUCUCAAGCACUUCUACCCAACCUAGUGAGGCACCAGGCUGAGAGCAGGAGCCAAUCGAGAUGGCUCUCCCCGUCAUGCCUGCUGCCCGAGUGGAGUCUCUCUGAGGAGCUUUCAUGCGUCCUAGUGCAAUGGGUUUGCCUUGAAAAUGACACUAAUCAGGUGUUGUCAGUGAUUUCUGCAGGGGCGGCUCUGUGCUUGUCAUGCUGGGAUUGUCAGUCAAUAAAAGCUUGUUUUAUUCCA